AACCAAAGCCAACAAACAGCUGAUCUCUUGUGCAUUUGUCCAAAAGCUGCUAAAGCCAACGGGUGCAUAGAGGGAGAGAGAGAGGGAGCAAUCGUUACUACAAUGGUGGAAGUGCUCUCCCGAAGCUUAUAGGCAUGGGAAGAAGAAGGGCGAAGAAGAAAGCGAACCAAAAAUGUCCGUAGAUUAUCACAUAAUUUGUUAACGAUGCUACUCCCGGUGCAACGAGCCGACCAUUCCAAGCACGUUCGAUGACGUGCCGUGACGCUCUGAAUGGAAAUUACGCGUGCAUCUUCAUCUGUGUUCGUCUGCCAGUACCGGUCCGGGAAAGGCUGUUAACCUCUCGCCUGGAGAAAAGAGUCGUCUUCAGCGCGGUUCCCCGUUUUGGAGGCGUCGUCGAACGAACAACUUGAAUGCGCGCGCGCGCGCACUAGUUCUACCAGCGACGAACCUACGAACGAGCGACGAUCGUCCGGCCCUAGAAGUGAAUGAAAUUUCUUCCCCCCUCCCCGUUGCACUCGGUGGCAGUUGGGUCGCCAGCCCAAUGAUCCUGUCACCACGACACACCGCGCCCCCCCCCCCUCUCCCCCGUAAGCCAUUCACUUCAUCCUCCAAUGCAUGCGCAUAUCUCGUUUUCCUUCCGUGCGUUUUCUUCGACGUUCGGUGUCCUACUCGCGCACCGAUCUCGGCACAUUUCAUCUCCCAUCGUCAUCCUCUUCGUGGCCGGCGGAUGGUGAUGGGAGGGGCUGUGAGAGGGAGGCAUAGUGUAAAAGCUUUCCCGGUCGGGCCACGGAACGGGUUAGCCGCAGUCGUGAUUCAGACGGCAGUCGAGUCGGUCCAUUUCUCCAAUUUCUCCCGGACAUCUUGAACGGCGGGCGGGUGUUAGCAGUAGCAUCAGUGGCUCCCCAUUCUUCAAGUGCGUGUUACUUUGCAAAUUUGUAGAAAUUGUCGUGUUUGCGGCGACACGAGCUCGGCGUGUACAAAGCAAAGCGAUAUUGUUUAUCGAGUGAAAGUGUGAACUUGACCACGAAGAGGGUCGACUGGGUGACGGGAAGGUACCGAAGGCAGCCGCCUUACAAUACACAUUAAAAUAGAAGGUGCUGGAAGGUGCAGAGACGACUGUGCGUGGAACGCUCUCAACGCUGCUCCGAAAGCUACCAAAGAGAACAAGUCCUAAGAGGAGGCAGACAAAGACACACACAACCAGGGAGUCAAGAGAGCAUACGGAAACACGCCCGCGGUACAAUGAAGAAAUUGUUGUUAUUCCUCUUACUGACCUAUUUAUGCUCCGCCGCUCUCUCUGCCAGCAUACUGGACUAUCUCACACUCGCCACUGAGGAGGAAGCGGAAGCCAAAGAGGAAGAAGUGGGCCCCAGCAAUUGUCUGUGCAAUGGACCUUCCUGUAUAUGCUGCAUCGAUUUCAACAUGACCCUCAUUGAUCUCGGCGGUCCUGGUUGCGUGCGGCUAAAGUAUCUCUCCGCCGACGAAGGGAUCGCGCUGAACGUUUCCUACGGCGAUAGCGUGCUGCACAGCCAGCGUGUCAAGGGACCGGACCCGCCACCGACCUGCCUGAACGUGUUCUCCAGCCUGGCGCAGAUGUGCGCCCGGUUCAGCGAGCUGCUGCCGACGGACGAGGGUCUGCGUGGUUGCCUGCAGCUCGAACCGAUGCUGCUCGGCGACGUGCAGAUCGAGCUGCCCCUCGGCUGCUUCCGGAUGGGUCCGAAGGGCAUGGAGGUGAUUAAGUCGGCCGAGGAGCAGAUCAAGGAACAGAUUCCCAGUGAAAGCGAGGAACCGACUACGCCGGCGGUGGCCGUUGUAGAGGAGAAGCCGGCAGCCAGUAACAGUACUUCUACGCUGUCGCUGCUGGACAACCUGUCGACGGCCGACAUUCUGGCGGCGGUCAGCGAAUCGACGGACGAGGGCAUCGCCAUGAUCUCGAACUGGCUGGGCCUUUCGGUGAACCGUGUACAGAAGCCGGCCGAGGGUGGCGCCGCGGAAACGGACGCCAGCGCUGCCAGCGAGGGAGAAAGUGAUAAGAAGGAAGAGGAUGAAGAGUAAGCAUCGCUCGAUGCUUCUUGGUCGGUAAUAAUGUCUCAGAGCGUCCUAGUGUGUCCACCGGGGAGGAGAUAUUCAACUAUUUUCAUAGGUUAUAAUGCGUAGUAAGUUAUAUUUCACCCACAAGAAGGCAUGCCACGCAUUUGUAUGUGUGUGCGAAAAUAAAUCACAACCAUACUUUUAGUUUUUCCUAACACUGAUAAGCAUUUUUUGU